CCCUUAUGUGGCGCUAGAAAGAUUGUCCUGAUGUUUUACAUUUUAUUAAAAACCCUCAUGACCCAGCCUCCACCGCUAAGCGUUCCUUCCGGUUUGUCCGCCAUUAAAGAAAGCAAACAUGGCUAUCAGGUAUCCUAUGGCCGUGGGCCUUAGUAAAGGCCACCCUGUAACCAAGAAUGUGACUGCACCGAAACAUGCACGUAGGCGAGGGCGUCUGACCAAGCACAGCAAGUUUGUGCGUGACAUGAUCCGUGAGGUGUGCGGCUUCGCCCCCUACGAGAGACGCGCCAUGGAGUUGCUGAAAGUUUCCAAGGACAAGCGUGCCCUCAAGUUCAUCAAGAAGAGGAUUGGAACUCACAUCCGCGCCAAGAGAAAGAGGGAAGAGCUCAGCAACGUUCUGGCUGCCAUGAGGAAAGCCGCUGCCAAGAAGGAUUAAGCGGUUCUUGCAAAUAAAUAUUUAUAUUUAAAAAAUGGAGAGUUGUCAGCUCCUUCCUUGUUUCAGAAUGACUAAGUCGAACUAUGCUUAGCAAUGGACUUGAACUGAUUUUCUCAAUUUAUCUUUGAGCAUAUGCCUUGUAGGCUGCAUGUCUUUUCAAGUUUACUAGGGUGAGAUGCCUGCAGACAUUGGAGUGGAGCUCUUCAGAUGUCUCUGGGGCACGUCUGUGUCUAAAUAAGACAUUUACUUGUAUUAAAAUCUGAGUGUCUAA